AUGAGAUGUUGCAUUUGUGGUAAUAAUUUGGCUCUUUAUUAUUUACGUAUCAAAUGUCGUCCAAGAACAGGAGUUAAGAACAAGGGUGGUAUUGUACAGGUUAUCGCGAAUGAACCAUUGUUGUCACGAUAUGCUACUGAACACUCGUCAGAAUUAUCGAAGUAUCAAUCAACAAUCUCAAGGACAAAAUAUGUUGAUGAUACAUUUGCCAUUAUUCACGGUACUCAAAAAGAUUUAUUUAAUUUUGUAAAAUGGAUGAAUAAGUUAGAUCCUUCUAUUAAAUUUACAGUUAAGGUUCAAUCUGAUCAUAAACUGUCGUUCCUGGAUAAUCUUAUACAGCGUACAUUUAAUUUAAUUUAUAAAAUGAGAAUGAGAAAAUUAGUACAUCCUCUAAGUUUAAUAGUUAUCAUCUUGGGUAUAUCAAUACCUCUCUAUUAUCAAUCACUCGAUAUAAACUAUUUAAAAAUUCGUGUCAUUCAUCAACUUCUGACAUUUAAAUUUCGUUUUUCAACGAGUGACAAACGUCCUAUUAGUGUCGAUUUUAAAGCAUUUGAAGUUUUGAUGAAAAUGAAUCCAUUUAUCAUUGACUAUAAUCAGCAUCCAAUUGAAGCUGCAAAACAAAUUAGAGAAGCAUACGAACUCGAUGUUCUAUUACCAAAACCAUUAAAAUGUCGAAUAAUUAAGCAAGAAUAUUCUUAUCAAAAUCAUACUGUUGAUUCAUAUUGGGUGGAUGAUACAGAUGAGAACAAUGACAAAAAUACACUCAUAUUGUAUUUUCAUGGUGGUGGAUAUGUAUUUGGUAAUAUUAAACAAUAUCAGGGUUUUGAGUGUUAUUUGUCAAAACUAUUCAAUUAUAAAGUGAUACAUUUAGGUAAGUGAGUCCAAUGUAACAACAAGUUCUUUUAACACAUUAGAAGUUUUUUCCUACUAUUUGGAAAGUCAGUAACUCACAUUUAGUAAAAAUUUUCAGCUGUUCUUACGAUUAUCUUAUAAGAUCGUGUAAGAUUUUAUAUUUUAAGAUGUUGACAGGAUAAUCGAAGAUUUUAAUUUUUAGAUUGGAGUAAGAUCUGAUGCCUCUUCUUUCAUUCAUCCUUUUAUUUUGCCCUGAUGCAUCUAACGGGUUAUACAUAAGUUUUGCAAUAAAUGUUAAUCACAAUUUUUUCAUAUUUCCAAUAUUCCGGAGACGUCGCUUUAUUUUUAUUUGAAAGAGCAAAGUCUAAACUACAAAACGUGUAUCAAAAAACUUUAUUAAGAAAAAAUUCAAAAACUAAACAUCACUAAAAAUGUUCUGAUAAAUUAUCAAAAUGUCUGCUCUCUAUCUUCUUCGAAACGGUUCUUUUCUCAUUUACGAAUAAGUUUCAAGAAUGACUGAUUAUUACAUAUAAAAAUAUGAUACAAUUUACAGCAGUUUUAAGUCUAGUCAUUCUAAUUUAUUAUUAUACACAAUGUGACAUUUCGAAAUGUACAUAUUUCAUUAUCAGACAAUGAGAUACGAAGUUUACUAUACAGAAAAUGUGAUGUAACUGAAGAGAAAGUCAAAAUAUGCACAACAUAUAUAUUUGCCUUUUCUGUUCUUCUAGAACAAGACAAAAACCACUAACACGACUGUAAACAAUUGAAU